AUGUCUACGGAAACCCAAGUUCCACGCGCACCUAGCCAAGGUGUCACUGCACCCCUAGUCACUAGCGAAGCUCUUGAAGUUACUGUGAGGCAAAUAUGCACCUUUGCUUCCAGCUCUGAGAUGAAGAUCGCAUCGGCGAUAAUCCUUGAAAUGCAGAACCAACGAGAGCAGAUCAAGAGAAAGUCAGAUGAGCUGUCAGAAAUUCGCAAGAAGCUUGAAGAGCAGGAGAAAAACCAAAACAUUGCGAUGGAUCAAUGGUUUAUUGGAAUGCAAACACAGAAGAGCAAAUUCGAAGCCUGUGAGGCGCAAGUACAAUCACUCCGUGGAACUAUUGCGAAAAAGGAAAACGAACUGGCGCAAUCAGCUCAGAAAAACAAGAAUAUCGAAGACGAGAAGAAAAAGGCUCAAUUAGAGCAUCUUAGUGAGAAAUCCAAAGCCAAUGGACUUUCUAAUGAUAUGACCUCGCUGGAAAAGAGACUCAAAGAAAAGGAUGCAAUCAUCAACAACCUUCGCACCGCCAACUUGGGAAUGACAAACUCAUUAUCUUCCGAGAAAAACAAAAAUGAGGAGCUAGAAAAAGAGGUUUCCUCUUUGAAAAGCAUCAUACGGGAGUCUCAAGCUCGACUUCAAAAGCUGGAGGGCUAUGGCUUCUGUGGCCACCAAAUGGAUGAAGACUCUAUGGUCGACGGAUUCUCAAGUCUCUGGGAUUAUGCUACAGAUCAAAUGUAUCAUAUAAUGAUGCAAGACAUUGAUACUGCAGCUUUAAAUGAAAUUGACAAGCAUAUCUUUCAGCCAAAUUAUCUCAUUCCAGAAGAUUCUCAAUUGCGGCACAUCAUGAGCAACCUUGCCGAAACUGAUAGCGAUAAAGAAUCUUUUUGUCGAUCAAUGCUUCUCUCGAUUGAUCAACAGAGUCAGCAAGAGACAAUCCAAUUCAGAAUUCAACAUGUGCUUCGCCAAGUGUCAAGCUGCGUACACGACUUGUUUUCGGGUGCGCAAUAUGAUGAGUUUCGACAGAGGGUAGCAAACAUCGUCAAGAAGGCGAUUGAUAUCUGGUUACCUCUACAGCGUUCUCAACAAAAAUAUGAGUCCGAUUUCGAUCCACUUGACUGGAAUGACAAUGAAUGGGUCACCUUUAAUCUCCCCGGUGAAAAUACCGAGAAGAACGCCACGGCCCACGGCAUCGCCAGUGACACUCUUCUAACCAUUUUCCCGCGCAUAUCUCAGGUCAAAGACGGCAGACGGCAUCCUCUGACUUUUGUCACUCAACUGACGAAAACUCAUCCCCUAUACAUCCAAGCAGGGCAGGAGAUCAAUUCAAAACCAAAUAAUCCCACGAUCGGUCGCAUGUCUUUGAAUGGAACAAGGCGUAAAUCUAUUGCCGCGAAUACUGAUCGUCUAAGAGAGAGCGCCUUCUUAGAGAAAAGGGCGAAUAGGGUUUGA